AUGACGUCCUGCAGCAAGAAGAAGAUGAAAGUCUGUCCUUCUGGGCCGGAGGAGCGCAGGAGACUCCCGCAGGAGACACUUCAUUCUGGGCCGGAGGAGCGCAGGAGACUCCCGCAGGAGACACUUCAUUCUGGGCCGGAGGAGCGCAGGAGACUCCCGCAGGAGACACUUCAUUCUGGGCCGGAGGAGCGCAGGAGACUCCCGCUAGAGACACUUCAUUCUGGGCCGGAGGAGCGCAGGAGACUCCCGCAGGAGACACUUCAUUCUGGGCCGGAGGAGCGCAGGAGACUCCCGCAGGAGACACUUCAUUCUGGGCCGGAGGAGCGCAGGAGACUCCCGCUGGAGACACUUCAUUCUGGGCCGGAGGAGCGCAGGAGACUCCCGCUGGAGACACUUCAUUCUGGGCCGGAGGAGCGCAGGAGACUCCCGCAGGAGACACUUCAUUCUGGGCCGGAGGAGCGCAGGAGACUCCCGCUGGAGACACUUCAUUCUGGGCCAGAGGAGCGCAGGAGACUCCCGCUGGAGACACUUCAUUCUGGGCCGGAGGAGCGCAGGAGACUCCCGCUGGAGAGACUUCCUCCUCCCGCCAACUCCAACAAGCCGCUCACACCUUUCAGCAUCGAAGACAUUCUUAACAAACCCAACUGCAAGAAGAAAUCUUCUUCUUCUUCUUCUUCUUCUUCUUCGUCCUCCUCGUCGUCUUCUUCCUCCUCCUCUUCCGGCGGUCCGCCGACCUUGUUGCAAAAGUUGUCCGCUUCUCAUGCGGCCCGCGGCGGCCUCAGCUCGCCCUCAUCGCCGCUGUGCGCUCUGGAAGAACUUGCUAGUAAAACUUUCAAAGGACUCGAAGUCAACGUCAUUCAAGCCGCUCAAGGUGGCGAGCAGCUGACGUGCUUGGGCCAAAGACAGAACUCCAAAAAGAGGAGAAAGUCCCGGACGGCCUUCACCAACCAUCAGAUCUACGAGCUGGAGAAGCGCUUCCUGUACCAGAAGUACCUGUCCCCCGCGGACCGGGACAACAUUGCGCAACAGCUGGGCCUCUCCAACGCCCAGGUCAUCACCUGGUUCCAGAACCGGCGCGCCAAGCUGAAGCGGGACUUGGAGGAGAUGAAGGCGGACGUGGAGUCUCUGAAGAAGAUCACACCUCAGACUCUGCACAAGCUGGUGGCCAUGGACCAGGUGGUGGACGACCACCAGGUGGUGGAGGACCACCACCUGGUGGAGGAGGCUCACCUGCAGUCGCCGUCUUCCUCCAGAGGACGAACUACUGACGAGUUCUCGGAGGACGAGGAGGAGAUCGAAGUGGAUGAUUAAACAACUUUUGCACGGACUUUGUGAGUCAAAGAAGGAACCAAGUUUGAAGGCUUUUUAUACCUUGCAUUUAAUUUAUCAAAAAAAAGACUUUUUCAUUCCUGAAGCUUGUUUUUAUCACGCGCCAA